AUGGCGAAACCGAAACUGCUGACGCUCAGACAGAAGCUGAAGCGGGCUACUGUGCUGCUGAUUCCCUUCAUUGUGGCCACGACUGUUCUGACCCUCAGGUUCGACACCGCUGCCGAUGAUGGGGCGCCGGAGCCCAACAACCUCCGCCACUCGCGCGUCACUGCCGCGGAAGAUGCAGCACUUGCUCACAUCCCACGCAGUGUUGUGGACACGUGGAGCCGGCGGGAGUACCUUGUUGUGCUGGGCAUCCCCUCCACGGACGUCGAAGAGAGGCGAACACGACGCAACUUGCAGCGGACGACGUGCUGGCGGUUCCCCGGUGUGGCGACGAGGGCGAACGACUUCACCGGUGCGAUGCUCGUGCUGUACGUUCUUGGGCGGCACCCGUCGCACGGCUAUGACUACUCUGCCGCGCUGCUGGAGGAGGCGGCGCAGUGGCAGGAUGUGGUCGCGCUGCCGAUGAAUGAGGGCCGCGUGGCGACAAACAAAACAAUUGGUGGCGGUGGCACGUGGAGCGAAGAGGCGGAGAUUGGCGCGACUCGCAAGACGUACAUGUGGUUUGACCUUGCUCAUCGUCUGUUUCCGACCGCGAGGUACAUUUCGAAAGGCGAUGACGAUAUUUUUCUCCGUGUGCCGUUGUUCGUUGCUCACCUGCGCCUCCUGCCGCGCCGAGGGGUCUACAUGGGGUUCCAAAUUGGUAGCUCCCAUUUUGGGAAAAAGGGCUUACCGGGUAGCACGUAUAUGAUGGGCUGGUGUUACACGAUGUCGAGAGAUGUGGCGGAGGCGUUGGUGUCGUUCAAACCGCUGCGGCGCCUGGCGUACCUGCCGUACAGCGAGGAACGCUAUGACGAAUUUGCCCUGCUGCGGUUUCAGCACGAAGACGUCAUGGUUGCUUGGGUUCUUGAAAAGGUGGUGAAUUACAAGCCGCUGGUAUACGUCAAGGUGCUGGAUUGUCAUUUCCAUGACGCCCGCAAUCGCACAGGGCACUCGCAGGUUGUGCCUACCUCGAUGUGUGUUCAUCACGUACGGGAGGACGACUACGCAGCACUGAUGGCGCGCUUCGGCAACGACACGUCGCCUGUUGCCCAUCUAUGGCAGUAUUCGGAGGACGUGAUAUACCCUUGGUGUGAUUAA